AUGGAGCUUCCGAAGAAGAAGAAAUCCUCGACGAUUUGCCCAGCGACCAGUACGAGUGGGACAAACAGCAAGAACCCGCGAUUGCAGGUGAUCAUUUUCCGGGAACGUCGUUUUAUCGAUUCAAUUGCCGCUGUUUACACUGUCAAGUGGUUGUUUAUCUUUUGCACUCUCUCGCAGUUGAGAUAAUAGUAAAGAAUGAUGCUUUGUUCUUUUUUUAACUUUGAUUAAAGAAGAAAAAUUAAGGUUUUAGUAUUUGUUCGAUUUUUUUCCGUUUUUUUGAAGGAGAAAAAGUUUUUUUCAAAGCUUCUUAUGAAAAGGUGAGGAUCUUGAAUAAAGCUCGAAGAUUUUUAAAAAGGAAAGAAAAAAAUAUCCUUGUUCUUAGAAAGAUUGAGGAAGGUCUUAAGACCAAAAAAAUAGUUUAAAAAUUAUUUUAAUUGCACUUUUUAUUUGUACAAAACUGUUCAAGUUUCAUUUUCCAACAAAUUUUUUUAACCUUCAUUAUUGCUGUUAGCAGCAAUAAUCAACUUUUUGAGACAUUUGAAAUUUAUUUCCAUAAAAAAGUUGGAUUUUUUUGAGUAUUUCCAGUUUUUUUAUAUUCAAGAUAAAUGAACAAUCAACUUUUUGUUUCACCUUUUUUUAGCUUCUUUUUAACUUAUUUUUUUCGAUCAUCAAAAAAAUUUUUUUAAAAAAAUUUCAGAAAUAAAUUAAAUUGCGCGUGGGGUUCAUGCACAAGAAACAUCAUAUUUGACGGGCGAUGUAGCUCUGGGAACGUCGUGUCGAAAAUUAUUCGGAAAAAAAAGUUUUUUCUUUCGGAUUUUUCAAAAAAAGGGUAGUAAAGUGCGGACGCUAAUUUUUUCAUAUAUAUUGUAAUCCGAAAAAAAAGAUUUUCAUUAAAACCAUUUAUCGAAAAAUGAUGGCGUUAAAUUUUCGAUACAAAGAAAAAAAAAAUGAAAAUGACUUCUAAAAACCCGCAAAAAUGAUCGAAUUCGAAUUUCGCCGCCUUCAGAGUUCUGAAAGGUGCUUCAUUUCCUUUUAUCCCGUUUUAUAUUUUUCAAAUUUUGAGUUUGAGGCAAAUCCCACGAAGAAGUCGACAAUUCCAGCCGUUUUCUCUAAUAAUUCUUCCUCCCCUUCUUCUUCCUCAACAACAAUGCAACCGGUCAAGCAUUUUACAGGUCUUUUUGGUACCAGGCAAGGAUUUUGUUUGAAAAGUCAACAGAAUAAUCCGGAAAUUUCAGAUCGAAACCAGAAAGUAGCCCGGAACCGGCGGCUUCUUCCUCUUCUUCUGCUGAAAUUCCUCCGGAACCCGUUGAAGAGAAUCCCGAUUCCGAAGGCGUCAGUUUGUUCCAGGGGUUGGUCUUCCUGAUAUUCAAGAUGAUUUUAUCAAAUUUUUUCAGGGAUAACCGAAUUUUCCCAUCACGGCAAAGCGCCGCGAAUCUGGAACAACAGCAAGCCGUGGAAACCGGUGAAGUCUCGAAUCCGGUCAACUCCCCGGCGUUACCGGCUAACGUUACCAGGAAUCCGGCCAAUGAACGGAGAGGUUAUUUUUUCGUUCAAAAAUUGAAAAAUCAACUUAUAGAAGUUGGAAUUUUGAUUAAUCCUUGUCAAAAAUCAGUAGGAACCCAACCAAUAAGCGGAGAUGUUCUUUUUCCUAUCAAAAAUCAAAACUUAGAAACUCGAAUUUCGAUUAAUCCUUGUCAGAAUGUAGUAGAAAUACUGCUAAUAAUCGUAGAGGUCCUUUUUUUUUAAAAAAAAAUCGAAAAAUGAAGCUUUAGAAUUUUGAAUUAUCAAUAUUUUUGUCAAAAUGAAGCUCUAUAAAGUGUUUUCGUAUGAUUUUCAAGACUUUUUUUGUCCUUUUUUCCAAUUUUUCGGUACAGAAACUUCAUAAACGUCGUGAGAAUGAUGAUUUUUGCAGUCUGCAUAUUUCAAAAAAUCAAAUUUUACUUCUAAUUUUUGUCCGAUUCGUGAUCCAAUUGACCCCGCGAAAUACAAAAUAGCCGUCAGAGAAUGGAAAAAGAUAACUGAAAUUUGGAGAGUCAGAGAUAAUUUUGUAUUUCGCGACACGGCUACAUAAUAAAAUUGGAUAUUUUCUUAAAAAUCAUGUAAUUUUUUUAACCGUUUUUUGCUGAUUUUGUCAUUUUCUUUCAUUUUUUGUGUGGAUUUCUGUUGUUUUUUUUUUACUGUCGAUUUAUUUUUGCAAUUGGAAUUUUCCGGAAAACUCACCAGGACGCUCCUUGAUGUACCAGACGAAGAUCCUAAAAUUUUGAUCCUGCCCAAUUUUCUAGUUUUUGAAAAAAAGGUACCUCAAAAUCCGGCUAUUUUUGGGCCCUCAUUUUUCAGGAGCUGGGCGGUUUUGUAGUUUGUGACUUUCAGAAUGGUUUUCUAGUACUGCUAGGAGUGAUUCGGCCAAUUUUCAGAAAAUUCCCAUUCAAAAAGUUUAAUAUAGUCUGUGUACCGCGACUUGGAAUUUCACGGAACGACAUUCCGCUGUGCCGCUGCGCGCCUUCGCGAACCUUGGUCGCGCUUUUAAUUUUUUUUUUUCUUUUAUUAAAGUAUUCUACUUUCACGUGCCCCCACAGCAAUAACAAUCAAUUUAAAACGUGACCUAGAUUCGAAAGACGCUUCGCGACCGCACGUAGCGGAACAGCGGAAUGUCGUUCCUUGAAAUUUCAAGUCGUGGCACACUGACUAUAGCCUCCUUAUGAGGAUUGUCUCAAAAAUGGCUUCUUGAAGAUGAAGAAGUUCACGUGGUGAACGUGGCGGCGAAUCGCGAGUCUCUGGCGAGUUCCCGUGGCCAAAGCGAAGACCGAAUGGGCGAUGACGGGUAUCCGUUGGUUCUCGGAGAAUAUGGGCCUAGGUAAUCGAACCUUCGAGAAUUUAUGGCCACUUUUUUUGCAGCGAUCGCCAAAACGCGCUCGAAAAACAGAGGAGCAUCGAUGACGUCAUCCAGCAGCAGAUGUUCGUCGUCGCCGACGGCAUCUUUAGGGUCCCGUUUUAUGGCGUUUUCGGAUUGAAUUGGUGGAAAAACGGUUAAGUGGCCUCCGUUUUUCUCCCCUAUAGUGACCACUUUAUGAUGUUAUCAAGUAGCCUUGAACCCGUGUAGUAGGCUCUCUGUAGUCUUUUUUAACCGAUAAAAAAUGAAGGGGUCAUUUAAGUGAUUUUUGCGGUCUCUUUUGGGUAGUCUUCAUUUUCAUUUCUUUCUCCUCUUAAGUGGUCACUUAAUGGGCCGUGCUCAGUGGCGCGAACAAACACUGUGCAUUUUAUUGUUAAGAAAAGCGUUUUUUGAAUUCUUUGAGUUUCCAAAAGUAAGAGAGCGUUAGAAAAUGAGAGGGCAUGCGUUCUUUUUUUCUCUGGACACUCUCUCCUUUUUCUGUUCUCUCUAACUUUCAACGUCGACUCAUGAAGGUUUUCCUGGCCUUUUUUAUCCCUUUAGUGACCACUUUAUGAUGUUAUCAAGUAGCCUUGAACCCUUGUAGUAGGCUCUCUAUUGUCUUUUUUAAUCGAUAGAAAAAAUGAAGGGGCCAUUUGAGGGAUUUUUGCGAUUUCUUUUGGGUAGUCUUCGAUUUCAUCUCUUUCAUCCCUUAACUGGUCACUUGGAUCAGAAAAAAUGAGCAUAAAGAAAAUCUGUGAGAAAGUAAAUUAGGAUCCUGGAGCUGAAUUAAGAUUAUUCCUUACGGGAUCACUCAAGUACUUCUCGGGGCCUUUUUCCUUACUUUUUUAUAAUUCGUUGGACAGUUUUCAAAUGUCGGCGUCUCUUUGUUCCCUCGGCGGCGAGAUCAGAGAGACAUGAAAAUAGCACGCCAACGUGAGAGAGUCCCAGAGAAGCCCCGCCCUUUCAUGUCGCGGCGAACGGACCUUUUUGAAUACGUUUCAAAUCGACUCUUUUAACCCUUAUGCCGUGUUCAAAGUGAUUCCUCGAAUUUCAAAAUAGCCGUCAGAGAAAGAGAAAGACAACUAAAUUUUGGAGGGUCAGAGAUAGUUUUGCAUUUCCCGGAAAUUUCUUUGAACACUGCAUUAGACCGCAUAAGACUCAGAAAUCUUUCAGAACAACGCAGAAGUCGCCGAAAUGGACGACAUGGCGCGAAUCUUCGAUGAGCUCGGCGAGAUGCUCAACGACGACACCGGCGCUUCCGCGUCGCGCAACGAACGCCUCCAUCCGCAACUCGCCGCCGCCGAGGAGCAGCAGCAGCUCCAGCAAGUCUCCGAGUUUGAAGGCGUCAUCAACGACGCCAGAAGCGGCAGACCCGGCCCCAGCGGACUGUCCAAGCAAAGGCUCAGGCUUCCCGAGCAACAGACUUCCCGGCCCGAUCAGGCUUCUUUUUCCUCAUCGACGAAGGCUGUCAAUAUUCUGCCAGGUGUGUAGAGUUCGUAUAUGGGUGAUACUUAGGAUCUCCAGAGCGGUCCCUAUAGGGGCAGCCUUAGGGGACCUUGGAGGAUGGGAGCCCCUCUAGGGACCCCUUUAACAACUCCUAUAGAGGCCAUGAAAGCUUGCAAAAGUGGCCCCUAUAGGGGACAUGCUAUUCGAUAACUUUUAUGAACUAUAUGCGAAGAAGCAUUUCCAUGGAAAAAACUGAAUAUAUAUAAGCGAUUUUUGAAUGAAAUUCAACGACCCCUAUAGGGACCACUUGAGCUUUAGGGGCUAAGUGGUGAGACCGUAAACCCCUAUAGAGGCCACCUUAAUUUUACCCCUAUAGGGAACACUUUUUCAGCCCCUAUAGAGGUUGUUUCCCGCCCCUAACCCCUAUAAGGACUACUCCGGCUCUCAACCAAAUUUUUAUAGUUCCGCUUAAGGGUAAAUGAAAAAAAAAAUGCAUGUUUAGUAAAUCAAGACCAGGGUUCCUUGGAGCGCACUUACAUUUGAAAAAUUAAGAUAGCCUGAGAAAUUUCUGAGGGGUUUUUAUAGGCGUUUUGUUGUUUUUAGGGACCCCUAUGAAAUACCCUAUAGUGAACCCUCCGAAAUUCCUCAGGAAAGAACCGUUCGAGGUUUAAAAAAUGAUACGAGUCCUCAUGAAUUUCAAUGGAAAAUGGUAUAAACUCGUCUUGAAGCGCAAUAUCCGUGUGUUGAACAUUUUACCCUGGUCGCAAGGAGAAUGGCUCGAGCGUCGCGGUCGCGUUGCGGAGAUUUUGAAUUUUUACUCGCGUUUUCAAUGACUUGCAAGUUGUCUUAUUUCCUCUAGCGCUUUUUAGAAAUGAUCGUCUUUUCGAGAGUUCCUAGUCUGGAAUCUACAGAAAGUGUUCAAGAUCAUUUUUUUUUUAAAUUCUUUCAGCCAGCCGAAGCCUGAUGGAACACCCGCCAAGCAAUCUCAUCGCAUUCGGAGUCCGACCUCGGAAUCCGCCCACGUCUUCUGCUUCUUCUUCUUCCACUUCUGACUUCCAGAAGCGUGUCCAAAGUGAAUUCCCCCUUCAAAUUCCUUCAAAAACGGCAUUUUUCUGUCCAGGACGACGCCCGGCGAACGUCGAGGAGAACUCGCCGUUGGGCUGGCAGGCCGCCAAAAGCUCCCUAAAAGAACGCGUCAAUUAUAUGUACUGCAAUGAUUUUUUGGCCGACGUCUACUUCCUUGUCGGCAAAUCGGAUAAUAAGCAGGUGAUUGCAGGUGUAACAUAUAAUAAUACGUUUUAUGGGAAAAGUUUCCUGAAUUUUGGGAUUCUGUAUGAAUCAGGGAAGCUUUGUACAACUAAACGAUGAUUGGAAUCGCUUCUGUUGGGCCAAAAACAAGGGAAAAAUUAGGCUCUAGCGACCUUUGCUGAAUUCUAAAAACUUCAGAAGAAUUUUGGACUUUGAUAUAACCAACUAACCAUAUGCUCUAUAGUAAUACAUUUAAACUUCCGUAGAUUCGAAUCGACUUUUCUUUUAUAGAGAAUCGCCGCUCACAAGUUUGUCCUUUCAAUUGGUAGCGUUGUCUUCGACGCCAUGUUCAACGGAGGGCUCACGCCUCAGAAUUCUCGAGGUACAGUUGAAAAGAAAAAGAUUCUGAAGAGCCUGACCUGAAAAAAGGGUCCUGGCACGAUAAGAACAAAGAAAGACCAACUAUUCUUUUUUGAGUUCCAAGUAAGCCCCACAGGAAAAUCGGGAGGGCACCAUAAUAUGUCCAUCGUGAGGCCUCCAGCAUGCCUUUUAGCUAUACCUGAGCCAUCUCGGAGGUACUUCAGAGUCUCCCUCAAGUCCCUCUCAUUUCGCUCAAAAUCCUCAGAGGUAUACUCGAGGUAUCAUCUUGAGACUUCAGAGCCUGCGAUAUACCUCAGAGGGUCUCGCGAUACCUUUUCUCGAUUCCCCUAUGAUUUCAAUCGCAAUUCAUUUAGACUCUUCAAUUUCUUAUACUGAGAUUCUCAAACAUGAGGUUUGGAUAUUUGGCAGAAAAGCUGCUGGAGAAGAUGGUCACCCUUUCUCGAGGCCUGAAUUUUUUAAAAUUCUUUGAUGAAACACUUGAAAGUUGUUAGGCCAAAUAUUUCAACUAAAAUUCUUUCUUUGAGAAAAGUGCAAUUCACAGUCUUUCCCAAACAAGUACGUCGUAAAAUAGCGCCUUUUUUGAAUGUUUCGGAAUAACCACAUAAAAUUGGUUAACGACCUCUCGCCCCGCUGGUUUUUUAGUGGUCAUCGAUGGGAACCCCCUUUCUGACUCAUUUAUUGCGUUGCGAAGAUUUUAGGCGUCUUUUUUGAUCGUUUUCUGAUUUUGCCAUUGAGGAGAUCAAUUUGAAAAUGAUUUAUUUAAUUUUUCAUAAAUUAGUUUUCAAGUAAUUUCACCUAAAAAGAAGCUUGAUUCACUUUAAAUCCUGGAAUCAUUGGAAAAAUUGGGCCACAGUGCUUUUUGAUGUACAGUACCGCUCAAAAGUGUAUUAAGUUUUGGUUUUUUGAGGAUAUCUGUACUCAAAAAAGGGUCCCGAAACUUCAUUUUUAUGGAAAAGACACCUGAAAAUCGAAGAAAAUUAUCAAAAACGGCUCGGACAUUGGUAACGCGAAACGGACGUUCCUGCGUUUUUCAAGUGACCACUAAAGUAGCAUCAGCACCCUCAAGUGAUCCCUAGAGUCGCCCAGAAACGUCCGAGGGUUGGGCAUUCGAAAUCUAGGAUUUUUUGCGCCUUGAGACUUCCAGAAACCCUAACCAGAAGAUCGAAGAAUUUUCUGGCUCAGUUCCAAAAAAAUCCUGACCAGCCACGAUUUAUAAUCACUCUUUUGCCAAAAUUUGAAAAAAUCCCGACCAGCCGCAUUUUAAAAUGACUUUUCGCUUAGAUCCGCUGGAAAUUGAGCUGCCUGACGUCGAACCAUCAGCUUUCCUGACCCUGCUCAAGUUCCUCUACUCGGACGAGGUGAACAUCGGCCCGGAGAGCGUCAUGACCACCCUCUACACGGCCAAGAAGUACGCGGUCCCGGCGAUGGAGACCGCCUGCGUCGAGUUCCUCAAGCAGAGCCUCGAGGCUGAGAACGCCUUUAUGCUCCUGACUCAGGUGCCAGUUUGAGCUUCUUCUUCUCGGGAUGAAGUUGUUGAUGAUCAUGGAAAUGAUAUUAGGAUGAGGGCGGGAACUUUUCAGUAGGAAAAAUCACAGUAUAUGGAGCUUCUUCUUGCGCGCCUCGCUAUGACUCAAAGGUAUACGGUAAUAUGACCAGUUCUUCGCUUCAAGACCCGCUUGAGGACUUUAUGAUCUAGAAGUAUACGGUAUUAUGACCAGUUCUUCGCUUCUAAACCCGCUUCAGAACCUAAGAUCUGAAGGUAUACGGUAUUAUGGCCAGCUCUUCGCUUCAAGACCCGCUUUAAGACCUAUGACCUAAAGGUAUACGGUAUUAUGGCCAGCUCUUCGUUUCAAGACCCGCUUAAGGACUUAUGAUCUAAAAGUAUACGGUAAUAUGGCCAGUUCUUCGCUUCAAGACCCGCUUGAGGACCUAUAAUCUAAAGGCAUACGGUAUUAUGGCCAGCGCUUUCUCAAGCCUCUUUUGAGCUUCUGAAUCUAACUCUUCGCAAAUUACAACGUUUCAGGCCCGACUCUUCGAUGAGCCGCAGCUGGAGCAGCUCUGCCUCGAGCUGAUCGACAAGAAUACAACUGACGCUUUGGCUGGCGAUGGUUUCUGCGAAAUCGACCUCGACACCCUUUGUGCAGUCCUUCGGAGAGAUUCCCUUCGUGUCAGAGAGGCGCCGCUUUUUCAGGUACCCAUGCCUUCUUCUUGGAUUGGCAAAAGAAAUUGGGUGGUGGCUCGGGUCGAACAUCUGACCCUUUGGACUAUAGACAAGCUCCCAACCAAAUGCGCUGCUUUUGAAUUUUUGAAGUUGUGGUCUUCAGAAGCCUGUAAAUUUGACUUACAACGUGUCUAG